AACAAUCAGUAUAAGGAUUACUGCCAGAUCAUGUACCCGCCGAAGAACGCGCUCCCCACGGACGCGAUGAUUGCCCAGUGGUCCGACGGGCUCACGCGCAGUGUGCCGCAGGCCAUCGUCAUGCAGUUCCAGGAUGCGCCCAUCGAGCAACACGUCGACGCGGUCGGCAAGAAGACGAAAGGCAAGGGCAAGGGCAAGAAGAGUGCGCAGACAGAGGGGAUCGAGCUGGUGAAUAUCAAGACCGAGGAGACGCAC